AUGAAAGGUUUAAACUUAUCCAAGAUUCACAGUCUAUCAAAAUCACCCGCCCUCUUUCUUCAAGCCUCCUCAAAACAAUAUUCGACCCAGACCUCCAAACUUGGUGUCCUCCAUGGCAAAAAAACCAUCAUCACAGGUGCCUCCCGCGGCAUUGGCCUCUCAAUCGCAGAACGCUUCGCAGCAGAAGGAUCAUCCUUAGUCCUCGUCGCCCGUAACACCACAUCGUUAAACAAACUCCUCUCUUCCCUUCCCAGUGGCCCGACUCAAGGUCAUGAAAUCGUCGCUGGGGAUGUCGGAUCCGAAGACUUCUGGACCUCGAAUUUCAGAGGGCGGAAGGAUGUUGAUAUCCUUGUGAACGCGGCGGGCGUGACGUUUGUAAGUCCGUUUCUGAGGAUGGGAGGGGAGAAGAUGGAGGCGGUUUUGAGGACGAAUUUGAUGGGCACGAUGUUUGGGUGUGGUGCUGUUGGAAGGGGGAUGUUGGGGCGAAGGGAUGGUUGCAUUGUUAAUGUUGCCUCACUAUUGGGCAUGAAGGGUGGACGUGGAAGUGCGGCUUAUGUUGCAAGUAAAGCAGGAGUUAUUGGUUUCACGCGAGCUCUGGCAGCAGAAUUGGGUGAGAAGGGGACACGAGUUAACGUGAUUGUCCCUGGAUACAUUGAAACAGACAUGACAGCUGCUAUGACUCCCGAGGCACGCUCCGAUGCCCUUGACGCCAUUCCCCUGAAACGAUUUGGAGAAGCCUCAGAUAUUGCCGAUGCUGCCGUCUUUUUAGCUACCAAUAAAUACGCAAACAACUGUGUGCUAAAUCUUGAUGGCGGCCUGAGUGCCGUAUAA